AUGGUACAUGAUGUGCUGCCUCGAGAGCCCUGGCUCCUAGAAUGGCGCUCCUCAAAAUCAAUGAUCGGUCUGGCUGUUUUCAUGUCCACCUUUACGGAUGGAUUUUUGUAUGGAAUUGUUGUAGCUGUUCUCCCAUUCUCGCUAACUGCACGCUCUGGAGUUUCCGAGUCCGAUCUUCCCUUUUGGACAUCCCUGUCUUUGGCUGUCUUUGGUACUGCUCUGGUAGUUGGGGCCCCGCUAGCAGGGUGGCUUAUAAAAAGAUCGAAAGCCUGUCAGACACCUUUCAUAGUCGGGUUGGGCUGUGCUUUCGGCGCUACACUUUUGUUCAUGCUUGGCACAGCUCCGUGGAUAAUCGUUGUAGCACGAGUAUUUCAGGGAAUUUCUGCUGGCAUCAUCUACGCCGCGGGUCUAACGCUUCUGGUUGAAACUGCCGAUGAAACUGAUCUGGGACCGAUGAUCGGAUUUGGUCUAUCUGGAAUGAAUUUUGGGGUCAUGAUCUCACCAACUUUGGGAGGCAUUGUUUAUGAGAAGGCAGGCUUCUACCCUGUCUUCAUAAUGGGCAUGACAAUCGUCGCGGUUGACUUGGUUGGUGUUCUUCUAAUCAUUGACCGAAAGACUGCCGAAGGGUAUCAAAGCCAAUCAAUUCACGGAGAGCCUAAUACGUCGUCCUAUGAGUCGUUCCCGGAUAGGGCCUUGACCCAGCAACCCCGUCAGAUCAGUCCUGGGGAGACUGAUUCCUCCGUUACAACGUCGUUAUUGUCACCGCCUAAUAGUAUAUAUCUGUCACCGGAGGAAGAGGUAUCUUGGGCUACUAUUACUUUCGGUCUUUUGAGGAACCCUCGAAUUAUGGCGGCACUUUACGGGUGUGCUUUGCAGUCGAUGUUGGUGAGUUCCAUGGAUGCUGUUCUGCCGAUCAUGGUGAAGAGCACGUUUCAUUGGAAUUCCGCCGCCACGGGUGCUAUCUUCCUCAAUAUCACCAUUCCAUCUCUUGCCGCUCCAUUACUUGGUCUACUAGUGAACCAAAAAGGAACCCGAUUUACCGCUUUAUGCGGUCUUGGGCUUACUGCGCCGACGCUUGCGCUUCUGGCCUUGGUGCAACAGAAUAGCAUCGGUCACAAGGUCCUGAUCUGCAUUUUGCUUCUAAUAAUAGGAGUCGGUUUCAAUGCAUCGCUGACUGCAUUGACCACCGAGAUUCCCUUGGCGAUUGCCGAUCUCCAAGAAGCCCAACCAGAAAUUUAUCAAGGUAAAGAUGCUAUCGCACAAGGCUACAUGCUUUUUGACAUAAUGGUUGGAGCUGGUCAAAUGUUCGGACCUUUGAUUGCCGGGCUAGCCUUCAAAAACAUUGGGUGGGCAGGAUGCACCCUUAUACUUGGUAUCAUACACUUGAGCGGUAUAAUUCCUGUGGUGAGUGGCUCAUCCUACACUUUUUACUUG